UCGGGGGAGAUACAGAACCGCCAGGCAGGCAGGACGGAGCGACUCGUAUCCACUACGAUGGAGCAACAGGACAGGGCUCAGGCUGGAGACGUGCACAUGUUUGUGCAGGAGAAAACCGGGAGCAGAUUCACCAAGAACAUAUUUGUGUAGUGCAGGGAGGCGAGGGAGAAGGGCGGGAGGGCAGAAGCAACAGUACACCACGCUCAGCAUCUUCUGGUGAGGAUGAAACCACUGUUGGUCUCCAAGUGAUUCAUUCUGCAGUUACACAAAGAAAAUGUAUGAUGAGAGGGCAGUGCUGAUCACGGAUGCAAGAAAGACCUGAGCUUACAGUGCCUCCCUGUCCAGCAACAGUACGUUAAUGGUUGGAACUGCCCGUCCCAACCUACAUUACUGCCCUCGCAGACACAGCCUGAUGAUCACCGGUGCCAUGGGAGCGGUGCGGGUAAACAGAUACAGCAUCGUUUCCACCGAUGAAGAUGCCCUGAAGAUCUCCAGCUUCGGCCUCCACAAUGGCCACAACCCCCUGACCCAGCAGAACCGGCUAUCAGGGGCCAGCAUGCGAGCUGAGGAGGGAGGCGGCGGCGGAGAGUGUCCGGGUAUUGAUGAAGGACUCGGGGCUUUGUCUUUGAGGGUGACCAAGGAGCCCACAGCCAUCAGUAAUAGCGUGGCUCUGCCCAGCCGCCUGCGCAGCCGCUUUGUGAAGAAGAACGGCCAGUGCAACGUGGUGUUCAGCAACAUGGAAGAUAAACCGCGGCGAUAUCUGGCUGAUAUUUUCACCACCUGCGUCGACAUACGCUGGCGAUACUUGUUGCUGAUCUUCACGACCACCUUCCUCCUGUCUUGGCUGCUGUUCGGUCUCAUUUUCUGGGCGGUGGCGCUCGCCCACGGAGACUUCAAUCUACGCGAGGACAGCGAUGGUGAGGGUUCCGCGGAGGAAAAAAAAAACGAGUUGCGGCCGUGCAUCCUCCACAUCCAGGGUUUCAUCGGGGCGUUCCUCUUCUCCAUAGAGACCCAGACCACCAUUGGAUACGGUUUCCGGUGUGUCACGGAGGAGUGUCCCAUUGCUGUCGUGACUGUGGUGGUGCAGUCUAUUGUGGGAUGCAUUAUUGACUCUUUCAUGAUUGGCACCAUCAUGGCAAAGAUGGUGCGCCCGAAGAAGAGGGCGCAGACCUUGCUGUUCUCGCAUCACGCUGUCAUCGCCCUGCGCGACGGGAAGCUUUGCCUCAUGUGGCGCAUGGGGAACAUGCGCAAGAGCCACAUCGUCGAGGCCCACGUUCGCGCUCAGCUCAUCAAACCGUAUGUGACGGCCGAGGGCGAGUAUCUCCCUCUGGAGCAGACGGACAUUGAUGUCGGCUACGACGACGGGUUGGAUCGGCUGUUCCUGGUGUCGCCGUUGGUGGUCGUCCAUGAGAUCAACAAGAGCAGCCCUCUGUACAACCUCAGCCACAGUGACCUCCAGAAGGAGGACUUUGAGAUCGUGGUCAUCCUGGAGGGGAUGGUGGAGGCCACAGCCAUGACGACGCAGGCCCGCAGCUCCUACUUGUCCAGGGAGAUCCUCUGGGGUCACCGCUUCGAGCCCGUCGUGUUUGAAAAGGGCGACCGCUACCAUGUGGAUUAUUCCCGCUUCCAUAAAACCUACGAAGUGCCAUCUACACCUCACUGCAGUGCCAGGGACCUAAGCCAGAUGAAGGCUCGUAGUGGGCAGUCCUCACCGUCCGGCUCAAGCUACUCCAGGUCUCCGUCACUGUUCGCUCCGAGAGCGCCGCGACGUCUCCAGGGUUCUCACUCCCCCAGUGCGUUCUGCUACGAGAACGAAGUAGCUUUGUGCUGCGGAGACGACGCGGACGAUGAGAACGCAAAGGAGGAGAUGGAGACCCUGAACAUAAGAAGCGACAGGGAGGUAAAGAUAAGAGAUAACAUCCACCUGGAUUUCAAGGGGACAUUUGUGAAGGAGCAGACGGUGGAGAUGUUGUGUGUUCUGGACACGGAGAAUCAGAUGGGCCUGGACAGAAUACCGCCUGCCCUACCGUUGUACGUCAGCAGGGAGUCGGGAGUUUGAUCAACGACUAUUGGUUCCACUUGUUUUCCCUCUCUGUGUGCAUCCAACCAAAGCAUUAAACCUGUGUUAGAAUAAAAGAUGGAGGACACAUUUUAAACUGUUACGGAGGAAAAAACAAGGAUUUUUUUUUUUUGGGUCUCAUCUGUGACAGAAUCCCCAUAACUCUGGUUUCGGUUAACAUCAGCUUGUGUAAAACAUCACAGUUCUUCUUCUUUUAAACAAAUUACACUCUUAACUCCCAGGUCAUCUUGAAAAAUGUAAUUUACUCUCUUGUUUACUUAAGUAUAACCUGUGUGUGAUCUACAAUUAACUCAACUCAAGCUGUUAUUGACUUCCAUUUUCUGUGUAAAUAGUUAUUUUGUUUUUAACUUAAAUUUUUAAAAUAACUUGACAUCAUAUUAAGAAAAAAAAACUUAGGAAAGAAAUCUUGAUUUAUUAUGAAGGAGUCAUAGUACAAAUGCUUUGAAACUUUUCUCACCUGUAAGCUUCGUUUUUCUCUCCUGUAUUUUUAACUUCUGUCUUCCUGCCUGACUUCCGUGUCUUCGCAUUUGAUAAGUAAGCUAUUUUUGUCUUUGAGAAUUGAUCAAAGUUUGUCUCUAAAUGGUAACCAAGCACAAGUAAGAUAUAUAAUCCAGAAGCAUGGAAGAGAGUUUAAGUGAAACCUGUGCAGAUGAAGAGCGAGCACUUUAUUCAUACUUUUAUCAAUAGAUACGAACACUUUGCAACUGUUUGCUGUUUUGUAUGAACAGAACACCUAUUAA